CAAGUGGUGACAUGAAAGGUAUUGAUAGAAAGUGAGAGGCAUGGAACGCUUCUCCACCAUGAGUGAUGGAAAUAUCAAUAUAAGCGAUGUCCUGGACGCGAUCGAGACGACGGAUCCCAGCUUCGCGGAGAGGAACCGCGCCGAGAUGGACAUCGUCACGGGAGGAAGCUGCUUGGAGACGAGGUCGCAGAUCGGCCAGGCUGCCCGAGGCGUACCCUACGUCGAGAUCGUCGAGCAACCGGCGAGUAAAGCCCUGCGCUUCCGUUACGAGUGCGAGGGCAGAUCCGCCGGAAGUAUACCCGGGGUCAACAGCACCCCCGAGAACAAGACCUUCCCGAGCAUUCGCAUCGUAGGCUACAAGGGUCGAGCGAUCGUGGUCGUUUCGUGUGUAACUAAAGAUCCACCUUACCGGCCACAUCCGCACAAACUCGUUGGAAAAGGUGUUUGCAGACAAGGCGUCGGCACCGUCGAAGUUUCAUCCGACAAUAUGACUGUUUCAUUUGACAAACUUGGCAUUCAAUGUGCCAAAAGAAUAGACAUUGAAGAGGCCCUCAAGUUGAGAGAGGAAAUACGAGUCGAUCCUUUCCGAACCGGCUUUGAUCAUAAACGGCAGCCGACGAGUAUCGAUUUAAAUGCCGUGAGGUUGUGCUUUCAAGUGUUUUUGGAAGGCCAAGAAAAAGGAAAAUUCACGCUCCCAUUGCAGCCAACGGUGUCGGAGCCAAUUUAUGAUAAAAAGGCAAUGUCCGAUCUUGUGAUUUGCAAGCUCAGCCACUGCAGUGCCUCAGUCGCCGGCGGCACGGAAAUGGUAUUACUUUGCGAAAAAGUAGCCAAAGAAGAUAUUCAGGUGAGAUUUUUCGAAGAGCAAGACGGUCAUACGUAUUGGGAAGGAUUUGGAGAUUUUCAGCCGACGCAUGUCCAUAAACAGGUGGCGAUAGCCUUCCGGACACCGAGUUACAAAUCGCAGCAGGUCGAGCAUCCGGUCCAGGCCUACAUCCAGCUUCGGCGGCCCUCGGACGGCGCAACCAGCGAGCCUCUGCAUUUCCAGCUCCUGCCCCUGGGACUAGAUGAUCCCGACUCGUUACGACGAAAACGAAAAAAAUCCAAUAACAGCCCGAACGCGUAUAUGUUGAAGCACGUGCAAGCCGAGGCUGAGAAACAGUCUGGAUUGCUAAAUCCAUUACCGCAAUACAAUUUCAAUCUUAUUAAAUCCGAGCCAUCGGACAGAUUAUCGCCAUUCGGAGGACCUUCGAUCUCCUCCGCGACAUCGCCUACAAUGUUUCAAGUUGGAAACACUAAUGCUGGAGCAGGGAAUUUUUGUACGCUUCGGCCGAUACAUUCGCCAGAGCGUACACCAUCACCCAUGGAAUGUCCCCUGUACAAUAUUCCACCUGUACAAUCUGGUUUGGGCUGCUGUAGUUUGCAGCCGAUAAUGAUAGCACAGACAUCACCUUCCCCCAUGUUAGUGCAGGACACUAUGGUUGGAAGCCUUUCGAUCGAGCCCGACGUCCACUAUCCGCUAGGUGAUACGAAUAUUAUAUCGGAUGCUAUUGGUAAUGCAAUCAAUAUUGGCAAUGCAUUGGAUACUACGCAACAAACGUCGGAUUUCGACUUGAACUUUUCGCAAUUUGAUAAUGUUGACUUAACUAAUCUUAACAUUUCCGAUAUUGUCAAGGAGGCCGUUAAUGGCGAGGAAGGAGCGAGCACGAUCGCCGAGGAAAGCUGUAUGACCGACAGUUUCACAAAGUUGACGCGAAAUACAAUUCAAGAGCUGUGUUCGUUAAAUAAUAUGUACAAAACGACGAGGGAUGAUCUUUGAAGUGAAAGUGCAAAUGAAUAUUAAUAAGCGCUUCGAGUAUAAUUGAAGCGUUUGGAAGAAGAAAUCCAUGCUUUACCACCACG